AUGGGCGAGGUGACGGCGGAGGAGGUGGAGAAGUUCCUGGACGCCCACAUCGGCUUCGCCAAGCGGUACUACGACCGCCGCUACCGCGCCCGGGUCCUCUCGGAGCUGCUGGGGGCCCGGGAGGCGGCGGUGGACCUGAGCCGCUACCGCGCGCUGAGCAGCGUGGAGGAGAGCGAGGUGCUCUUCGACCUGCUGCGGGACUUCCGCGAGAACCUGCAGGCCGAGCGCAGCGCCUUCAACGUGCUGCGGCGGCUCGCCUUCCUCCUGCGCGCCGAGCGCGUGAGCCUCUUCCUCCACCGCGCCCGCAACGGCACCGCCGAGCUCGCCACGCGCCUCUUCGACGUGCACAAGGACGCGGCGCUCGACGACUGCCUGGUGCCGCCCGACGCCGAGAUCGUCUUCCCGCUCGACCUGGGCGUCGUGGGCCACGUGGCCCACUCCAAGAAGCUCGUCAACGUCCCCCGCGCCGACCAGGAUGAGCACUUCUGUGACUUUGUGGACAACCUCACUGAAUACCAGACCAGAAACAUCUUGGCUUCCCCCAUCAUGAACGGGAAGGAUGUGGUGGCUGUAAUCAUGGCUGUGAAUAAAGUAGAUGCGCCCCACUUCACAAAGGCUGAUGAAGAGAUUCUUCUCAAGUACCUCAAUUUUCUAAACCUGAUUAUGAAGGUGUUCCACCUGAGUUACCUGCACAACUGUGAGACGCGACGUGGCCAGAUACUGCUGUGGUCUGGGAGCAAAGUCUUUGAAGAGCUCACAGACAUCGAGAGACAAUUCCACAAGGCCCUGUACACAGUCCGUGCCUUCCUCAACUGUGACAGAUACUCCGUGGGUCUCUUAGACAUGACCAAGCAGAAGGAGUUUUUUGACGUGUGGCCAGUCCUGAUGGGUGAGGCUCCUCCCUACUCUGGCCCCAGGACCCCGGAUGGAAGGGAAAUCAACUUUUACAAGGUCAUCGACUACAUCCUGCAUGGCAAAGAAGACAUCAAAGUCAUUCCGAAUCCACCCCCUGACCACUGGGCUUUAGUCAGCGGUCUCCCCUCUUACGUGGCCCAAAACGGCUUGAUCUGUAAUAUCAUGAAUGCACCUGCGGAGGAUUUUUUUGAAUUUCAGAAAGAGCCUCUGGACGAGUCCGGGUGGAUGAUCAAAAACGUCCUGUCCAUGCCCAUCGUGAACAAGAAGGAGGAAAUUGUGGGGGUGGCCACGUUUUUCAACCGGAAGGACGGGAAGCCCUUUGACGAGAUGGACGAGACGCUCAUGGAGUCUUUGACGCAGUUCCUGGGCUGGUCUGUUUUGAACCCUGACACCUAUGAGUCCAUGAACAAACUGGAAAACAGGAAGGACAUCUUCCAGGACAUCGUGAAAUACCACGUGAAGUGCGACAAUGAAGAGAUCCAGAAAAUCCUGAAAACGAGAGAGGUGUACGGCAAGGAGCCCUGGGACUGUGAGGAGGAGGAGCUGGCUGAGAUCCUGCAAGAAGAGCUGCCCGAUGCGGAGAAAUAUGAGAUUAAUAAAUUCCACUUCAGCGAUUUGCCGCUCACGGAGCUGGAGCUGGUCAAGUGCGGGAUCCAGAUGUACUACGAGCUCCGCGUGGUGGACAAGUUCCACAUUCCGCAAGAGGCCCUGGUGCGGUUCAUGUACUCCCUGAGCAAGGGCUACCGCAGGAUCACCUACCACAACUGGCGCCAUGGCUUCAACGUGGGGCAGACCAUGUUCUCGCUGCUGGUGACCGGCAAGCUGAAGCGCUACUUCACCGACCUGGAGGCGCUGGCCAUGGUCACCGCGUCCUUCUGCCACGACAUUGACCACAGGGGCACCAACAACCUCUACCAGAUGAAAUCCCAAAAUCCCCUGGCCAAGCUCCAUGGAUCCUCCAUCUUGGAGAGACACCUGGAAUUUGGCAAAACGCUCCUGAGAGAUGAGAGCCUGAACAUCUAGAACCUCAAUCGCCGUCAGCACGAGCACGCCAUCCACAUGAUGGACAUUGCCAUCAUCGCCACCGACCUCGCGCUGUAUUUCAAGAAGAGAACCAUGUUCCAGAAGAUCGUGGACCAGUCAAAGACCUACGAGAGCGAGCAGGAGUGGACGCAGUACAUGAUGCUGGAGCAGACGCGCAAGGAAAUCGUCAUGGCCAUGAUGUUGACGGCCUGCGACCUGUCGGCCAUCACCAAGCCCUGGGAGGUGCAGAGCAAGGUAGCACUGCUGGUGGCCGCUGAAUUCUGGGAGCAAGGUGACCUGGAGCGCACGGUGCUGCAGCAGAACCCCAUUCCCAUGAUGGACAGGAACAAGGCCGACGAGCUCCCGAAGCUGCAGGUCGGCUUCAUCGACUUCGUCUGCACCUUCGUCUACAAGGAAUUCUCCCGCUUCCACGAGGAGAUCACCCCCAUGCUGGACGGCAUCACCAACAACCGCAAGGAGUGGAAGGCGCUGGCGGACGAGUACGAGGCCAAGGUGAAGGCGCUGGAGGAGGAGAAGCAGAAGCAGCAGGGGGCCAAGCCAGCCGGAGAACAGCCCGCCGGGAACCCCGCGCCCGGGGCCGCGCCCGCCUCCAAGUCCUGCUGCGUGCAGUGA